AUGCCGAUUCCAAGAAAAGCCUUAACUGUUGUUUCUCAUUUUCCCAUUACCUUCUCUCUGUUUUUAGCUUUCUUCAUCUCCUCGACCUCCGCAUCGACCAAUGAAGUUGCAGCUUUAAUUUCUUGGCUUCACAGCUCGACGAUCUCGCCGCCUCCGUCAGUAUUCUCCGGUUGGAAUCCUUCUGACUCAGACCCAUGUCAAUGGCCUUACAUUACUUGCUCCUCCUCCGAGAACAAACUCGUUACAGAGAUCAAUGUCGUCUCUGUUCAAUUAGCUUUACCUUUCCCUCCUAACAUCUCUUCGUUUACCUCACUUCAGAAACUCGUUAUCUCCAACACUAAUCUCACUGGAAGUAUAUCUUCUGAGAUAGGAGAUUGUUCUGAGCUUAGAGUUAUUGAUUUGAGCUCAAACAGUCUUGUUGGUGAAAUACCUUCAAGUCUUGGUAAGCUCAAGAAUCUCCAAGAACUCAGUUUAAACUCCAAUGGCCUCACUGGAAAGAUCCCACCGGAACUUGGUGUCUGCAUUGCUCUCAAGAAUAUUGAGAUAUUCGACAAUUACUUAUCCGGGAAUCUACCGCUGGAGCUUGGAAAGAUCUCGACUCUGGAGAGCAUAAGAGCCGGAGGAAACUCAGAGCUUUCAGGGAAGAUCCCAGAGGAGAUUGGAAACUGUCUGAAUCUGACGGUUUUAGGGCUCGCCGCUACGAAAAUAACCGGUUCUUUACCUGUUUCGUUGGGUAAACUAAGUAAGCUUCAGUCUUUAUCGGUGUAUUCCACAAUGCUCUCAGGUGACAUCCCUAAAGAGCUUGGAAACUGCUCUGAACUUAUCAAUCUGUUUCUAUACGACAAUGACUUGUCCGGCACGCUACCAAAAGAGCUUGGAAAGCUUAAAAACCUAGAGAAGAUGCUUCUAUGGCAAAAUAAUCUACACGGACCUAUCCCUGAGGAGAUUGGAUUUAUUAAAAGCUUAAAUGCAAUUGAUCUCUCUAUGAACUAUUUCUCAGGAACCAUCCCUGAAUCGUUUGGUAACUUGUCAAAUCUCCAAGAGCUUAUGCUUAGUAGCAACAACAUCACCGGGUCAAUACCUUCGGUUCUAAGUAACUGCACACAGCUUGUUCAGUUGCAGAUUGACGCCAAUCAGAUUUCGGGUUUGAUUCCGCCGGAGAUUGGAUUGCUUAAGGAGCUCAACAUCUUCUUGGGAUGGCAGAAUAAGCUAGAAGGGAAUAUUCCGGCAGAGCUAGCGGCUUUCUUCAUCUCCUCGACCUCCGCAUCGACCAAUGAAGUUGCAGCUUUAAUUUCUUGGCUUCACAGCUCGACGAUCUCGCCGCCUCCGUCAGUAUUCUCCGGUUGGAAUCCUUCUGACUCAGACCCAUGUCAAUGGCCUUACAUUACUUGCUCCUCCUCCGAGAACAAACUCGUUACAGAGAUCAAUGUCGUCUCUGUUCAAUUAGCUUUACCUUUCCCUCCUAACAUCUCUUCGUUUACCUCACUUCAGAAACUCGUUAUCUCCAACACUAAUCUCACUGGAAGUAUAUCUUCUGAGAUAGGAGAUUGUUCUGAGCUUAGAGUUAUUGAUUUGAGCUCAAACAGUCUUGUUGGUGAAAUACCUUCAAGUCUUGGUAAGCUCAAGAAUCUCCAAGAACUCAGUUUAAACUCCAAUGGCCUCACUGGAAAGAUCCCACCGGAACUUGGUGUCUGCAUUGCUCUCAAGAAUAUUGAGAUAUUCGACAAUUACUUAUCCGGGAAUCUACCGCUGGAGCUUGGAAAGAUCUCGACUCUGGAGAGCAUAAGAGCCGGAGGAAACUCAGAGCUUUCAGGGAAGAUCCCAGAGGAGAUUGGAAACUGUCUGAAUCUGACGGUUUUAGGGCUCGCCGCUACGAAAAUAACCGGUUCUUUACCUGUUUCGUUGGGUAAACUAAGUAAGCUUCAGUCUUUAUCGGUGUAUUCCACAAUGCUCUCAGGUGACAUCCCUAAAGAGCUUGGAAACUGCUCUGAACUUAUCAAUCUGUUUCUAUACGACAAUGACUUGUCCGGCACGCUACCAAAAGAGCUUGGAAAGCUUAAAAACCUAGAGAAGAUGCUUCUAUGGCAAAAUAAUCUACACGGACCUAUCCCUGAGGAGAUUGGAUUUAUUAAAAGCUUAAAUGCAAUUGAUCUCUCUAUGAACUAUUUCUCAGGAACCAUCCCUGAAUCGUUUGGUAACUUGUCAAAUCUCCAAGAGCUUAUGCUUAGUAGCAACAACAUCACCGGGUCAAUACCUUCGGUUCUAAGUAACUGCACACAGCUUGUUCAGUUGCAGAUUGACGCCAAUCAGAUUUCGGGUUUGAUUCCGCCGGAGAUUGGAUUGCUUAAGGAGCUCAACAUCUUCUUGGGAUGGCAGAAUAAGCUAGAAGGGAAUAUUCCGGCAGAGCUAGCUGGUUGUCAGAAUCUUCAAGCUCUUGACUUGUCUCAGAAUUUUCUCACAGGAGCUAUACCUGCUGGAUUGUUUCAGCUUCGUAAUCUGACUAAGCUCUUGCUUAUAUCCAAUGCCAUCUCCGGUGUUAUCCCACAGGAGAUAGGAAACUGCACUUCGCUUGUCAGAUUAAGGCUUGUCAAUAACAGAAUCACAGGAGAAAUCCCUAAAGGAAUAGGGUUUCUUCAGAACCUUAGCUUCCUCGACUUGUCAGAAAACAAUCUCUCAGGUCAAGUUCCUUCGGAGAUAAGCAACUGCAGACAACUCCAGAUGCUGAACUUGAGCAACAACACUCUUCGAGGUUAUCUCCCUCUCUCUUUGUCUUCUUUAACAAAGCUUCAGGUACUUGAUGUCUCUUCAAAUGACUUGACUGGUAAGAUACCUGAUAGUCUAGGUCAUCUCGUUUCGCUCAAUCGGCUCAUUCUUAGUAAGAAUUCCUUCAGUGGUGUCAUCCCUUCGUCUCUCGGUCACUGCACAAAUCUUCAGCUUCUUGAUCUCAGCAGUAAUAACAUCUCUGGAACCAUACCAGAGGAACUCUUUGACAUUGAAGAUCUAGACAUUGCCUUAAACUUGAGCUGGAACUCAUUAGAUGGCUUUAUCCCAGCAAGGAUCUCAGCGCUUAACCGCUUAUCCGUGCUGGAUAUUUCUGGUGUCAUCCCUUCGUCUCUCGGUCACUGCACAAAUCUUCAGCUUCUUGAUCUCAGCAGUAAUAACAUCUCUGGAACCAUACCAGAGGAACUCUUUGACAUUGAAGAUCUAGACAUUGCCUUAAACUUGAGCUGGAACUCAUUAGAUGGCUUUAUCCCAGCAAGGAUCUCAGCGCUUAACCGCUUAUCCGUGCUGGAUAUUUCGCAUAACAUGCUUUCGGGUGACCUCUUCGCGCUAUUCGGUUUAGAAAACUUGGUCUCUCUGAACAUCUCUCACAACAGAUUCUCAGGUUAUCUCCCAGACAGUAAAGUGUUUAGACAGCUGAUAGGAGCAGAGAUGGAAGGAAAUAAUGGACUCUGUUCCAAAGGUAUAAGGUCUUGUUUCGUCAGUAACAGUACACAGUUCAGUACACAGCGGAGUCUCCACUCACAGAGACUAAAGAUAGCCAUUGGAUUGCUAAUCAGCGUGACAGCGGUUCUAGCGGUAUUAGGCGUGUUAGCUGUUUUACGGGCAAGACAAAUGAUUCGUGACGGUAACGAUUCAGAGACUGGAGAAAAUCUGUGGACAUGGCAAUUCACACCUUUUCAGAAACUCAACUUCACAGUUGAACACGUACUCAAGUGCUUGGUAGAAGGUAAUGUUAUAGGAAAAGGUUGUUCCGGGAUAGUGUACAAAGCUGAAAUGCCUAACAGAGAAGUCAUCGCUGUGAAAAAACUCUGGCCAGUGACGGUGACAUUGCCUAAUAUGAACGAGAAGAUUAAAACAUCUGGAGUUCGAGAUUCAUUCUCAGCUGAAGUCAAAACACUUGGAUCGAUCAGACACAAGAACAUUGUAAGGUUCUUGGGAUGUUGUUGGAACAAGAACACUAGACUUCUUAUGUAUGAUUAUAUGUCAAAUGGGAGUUUGGGAAGUUUGCUUCACGAGAGAAAUGGAGUAUGCAGCCUAGGAUGGGAGGUUAGGUAUCGGAUUAUACUGGGUGCAGCUCAGGGUUUGGCUUACUUGCACCAUGACUGUGCUCCUCCCAUUGUUCAUAGAGACAUCAAGGCUAAUAAUAUUCUGAUUGGUCCAGAUUUUGAACCUUACAUUGGAGAUUUCGGGCUUGCUAAGCUUGUUGAUGAUGGGGACUUCGCUCGGUCCUCCAACACCAUCGCUGGUUCAUAUGGUUACAUAGCUCCAGAAUACGGAUACUCAAUGAAGAUAACAGAGAAAAGCGACGUGUAUAGCUACGGAGUCGUGGUUCUAGAGGUACUAACGGGUAAGCAACCGAUCGAUCCAACGAUACAAGACGGUCUCCAUAUAGUGGACUGGGUCAAGAAAGUCAGAGAUAUACAAGUAAUCGACCAAUCAUUACAAGCGAGACCAGAGUCAGGGGUCGAAGAGAUGAUUCAAACGCUAGGAGUCGCGCUUCUAUGCGUUAAUCCAAUACCCGAAGAGAGGCCUACAAUGAAAGAUGUGGCUGCUAUGCUUAGUGAGAUACGUCAAGAAAGAGAGGAAUCGAUGAAAGUUGAUGGUUCCUCGGGAAGUUGUAACAAUGGAGGAGAGCGUCGCAGAGAUGAUUCUACUUCAUCGGUAAUGCAACAAACGGCUAAGUAUUUGAGAAGUAGUAGCACGAGUUUUUCGGCGUCUUCUUUGCUUUACUCUUCUUCUUCUUCUGCUACUUCCAAUGCUAGACCAAAUCUUAAAUAGAUGGGUAAUUAUGUUUCUAA